ACGUCACGUCUCAGUCAAGCUGGUCAUCUAUACCAAGUCCACUUGCUUCAUCAAAUAACCAUCAAGCCAACUGGCAGCUAAUUGCCUUUUUUUUGAAAUUGGGUAUUUCCUUUCAAAGAAUCUACAAGAAAUCGAUAUAACCAUGCGAGCAACUACGCGACUGCUGGCCACCCUUAAGCCGGCACGUUACCUGGAGCCCAACAGUCCUACAGGACUGACUGGGCUCUUCACGCACCCCACCCCUCGCUCGACGCUGCUCUAUUUGUACAGUGCGACUCUGGACAAGCUUCAGAGCAUGCCAGAAUCCUGCGUGUACCGCCAAUCAACUGAAGCAUUGACGAAGCACCGCUUGCAAAUUGUAGAGAGUGUCAAGCCACCUGGCUAUGAAACUUGGCUAGCCAAAAUCAACAAAGAAAUGGAAACACACCCGGAGGUCUUCAAGUCAAGCGGUCCGCAAGCUGGUCGAAGUCAAAAGAUUAGCCAUCAUGGUCGCACCUUUGUCGCCACAGAAUUGAGAGAGCCACCGGACGAGCGGGAGGAAGAGUGGGAUGGAGAGCAUGUAGGGCCGCCAGAACUAGAAGGCACGAGAACGAGCGCCGAGCGUGCAGGCCAGAAAAAUCUCGCCCAUGACGAAUAUGAAGCGUCCAAAACGGUUGAGUGGGACCCGGAGCCUCUGCUUGAAGCAAGCCAGAUUGCCGAGCUUGAAAACCAGAUAGGCGCUGGCCUCAUAGAAGAGGUCAUUGAAGUCGCCGAAGGUGAACUCAAGCUUGCAGAUGUGAUAGCCCAGAACCGAGUAUGGGAAGACCUCGAAGAAAAACCAGCCGAAGGUCAAUGGACAUACUUUGAACGGGGUACACAUAUGCCACAAACUCAAAGUCCUUAAAUCUAGUGGCAUAGACAAGAGCGGGCCUAGCUCAUCGGAUGGGCUUUGACGAUUUUCACACAUAUACGGGCAUUUAGCGACGCUUCUUCCUCAGGAGAUAAUUUGCAUUUGCAUAUGGUUCCCUUCCACGCUCUCCCUGUACACUCACUUUGAUCGGUCGUUGCGCGUGUAUCCAGAUUUCUAUCAUAGCGGUUCGUGGAAUGGCUGGAGGGCCGGGAAGAUGCACGGUAUCGACAACGAUAGCCAAAUAAAUAGGGCUCACAGUUGAAAGUUUCUCCAGUUUGAUCUUGCUCGUGAUACAGGUAGCGUUGUACAAAAUUGGUCUAUAUUCACAAUUAUUUGCUUAUAGAGUCUCGUAGCGGCCCGA